AGACAUCAUCAGACCUUUACUGCCAUCGGAGUUUAUCACACAAAUCGUCAUCGAACGUUUCGGUGCAAUCACACACACACAGAGUGGUGGGUGAAAGAUUCAACGAGUGAGAGAGAGCCAAAAAAAAACCAAACAAACAAAACAAACACGGGAAAAAUUCAUUCGAACCGAAUUUUACGAAAAACGAGUCGAGAGCAUAAAAGCAGACAAUUGGUGCAAAGUGUAUUUAAUGAUAAAAAUUAUUGUGAAUCUUCAUGAAUUUAUUUUAAAGGCAAACAGAUAAAUUUCGUCGGCCUCGCGAAUUUCAAUGUGUGUGAUGAUAAUUUCGAGAGUGUGUGAACAAUAAUCCGUGAAGUUUCCGAUAAUAUUUCGGUAAAAUCAAUUUCGUGUUGCGUGUGUUUAGUGCUCAUUGGUUUUUUUUUUUGUGAUUGUAGUUCAGAAUCGUUGCUUUUUCCACAGCACCAUGACUGUGGCAAACAGCACAGACAAAUGGUUCUAAGAAGAAGAAGAAAAAAACAAGCCGGAGACUGAUAAAUUAAGCCAAGGGCAAACAUGUAAACUGUUCUGUCACUUUGAAAGGGAUUCAAUGUUGUUCACAGUGAAUGAAAAUAGAAGAAAAACAGAAACAGAAUUUAUUCCAUCGACACUUUUGGUGGCUGACUCGGGCCACGUUGUUUUUAAUAGUUGUUGUGGGCAUUUCAAUUGUUCAAUAUCAUUCACUUCUGUCAAAUCGAAUACACACAACAUGUAAAUGUGUUCGAUUUUGUGUUGUGAUUUUUCGUCGAACAAAUCAAAAUCAUCUCGUGCAAAAGUAAAAAUCGAAAAGAGUUGCAUUCACGAUUUAUCAGGGCACACUGCAUGGAAUGCCAUUGACCAAAUUAACGAGACGUGUGUAAAUGUUGAGAAAACAACAACAACAAUAUAAACACAAUCAAAACAUUUAAUAACUUUGAAUCGCCUAACAACCGAUUUCAAGCAACAUAAAUCUCGGCAUUUUAUGUCGUAAUAAUAAAUCCAAUGCUGCAAUUGUUUCGCGUAACAACAAUAAUAAAACCAAACUAAUACAAACCCAAUGCAAGCUUCAACAACCGAGUACUUAACCAAUUAGCUAUUGCACAUAUGACCGCGACAAUAUCGAAAGCUAACAAAUAUAUAAACAAAACAGUUUAUUUAGUUCGCAUUCUUCCUGCACAUCUGUUCGCGAGCGAUGCUUGAAAUUACAAAUGAAACAAAAAUAACAUGCAAAUAAUUCAUUUUUAAUAACAGUAACAAAAGUAGUAAGGUCAUCUAAUCAUCAACGGGCUCGUGUGGCUAGUUGAAACUGAGGUGGAAAGAAGAAGAAUAGAUAAAACUAAUAUUUUUCCGUUUGGUGUGGACAUUCGAUUCUUGAAUUGUUUGAAAUAGAAAAAAAUAAAAAGAUCGUAAAUCAACGGUUUGUGCGUGUGAACAGGUUCACAUGUGAUACAUCGAAAUAAUUCGUAUUUACGAAGAUUUUCACCCUAACUUUAUUUUAACCAAAAUGGACUUGCAGAAAUAAGUUUACAUUACGAGCGAAAUAAAUUUGAAGUGAAAGAGAGUGAAAGAUAAAGAUCGUGACACACACACACACACAUACACAUAAAAGUAUAAGAGUGUGAGAAAUCUGCUGGUAUUUUACUUUUGUUGCCCCAGUAAAACUGAUAAAUUCACCCGACAAAUCCAUCAAACAAAAAUGUACGCGAGGAGAAUGUGUUAACAUGCAAGCGAAAAAGCGUUAUAUUUUAGUAUUUGUUUCGUGUGCAUUUCUUGCAUACUGUUAUUUUGGUGGCUAUCGACUAAAAAGGGCGCGCGGCAUCACGUCAUUUUCAAGCACGGCAAACAUUUGCCAUCAACGUCAUGAGCGUAUCGUUGUGCCACCGAAUCUUCCAUCAUUUCUAUCGCCAAUCGAAUGCAAUGGUAUCAUUAUCAGCAGUGAUUUCAGCCACGGCGUCGGCAGCAGCAGCAGCAGUAACAACAAUAACAACAACAACAUCGAUUUCGAUGAAUAUGCAAAUGGUAAAGGCACUGCUAUCGUACAGCCCAGCCAUUUUAACAGUAAUGACGAUGCAUUUCGUCAAGGAUCUCAAGUAUCAUCCGCAACUGUGCAAACAAAUGCCAAAUUCAAAGUGGAAAAGGAAGAGGUGGAUGUGGCCUUGCAACCGAUAUCGAACAACAACCAAAUGGUUCCACCGAAUGCAAACAACAACAAUAACGACGAUGCCGAGGCAAAAGUGCAAGUGCCGGUCGUCGAGCAACCAGCUAUCGUAGUUGGUAAUGCUGGCGAGGCCGGAAAUAUUAUCGAUGGUUUGGCCAAAACAUUUGAUAAACAUCAUCGCACCAAAUCGUCGUGCCGUAUGGAAACAUGCUUCGAUUACACCAAAUGCAGUGAUGUAAAUCAACAACUUUUAGUGUAUGUAUAUCCAUCGGAUACGAUCAAUCCACUUGGCAAUACACCACCGAUUAGUUUAAAUUAUCGGAAAAUUUUGUCAGCGAUUACCGAAAGUCGAUAUUAUACGGCCGAUCCGGAGCGUGCAUGCCUAUUCGUACUCGGCAUCGAUACGCUUGAUCGUGAUUCGCUGAGUGAGGACUAUGUACGGAAUGUACCAUCGCGCCUACAACGUUUACCCUAUUGGAAUAACGGUCGAAAUCAUGUCAUUUUCAAUUUAUACUCGGGCACAUGGCCCGACUAUGCGGAAAAUAGCCUUGGCUUUGAUACGGGUGAAGCCAUACUGGCCAAAGCCAGCAUGAGCGUACGACAAAUUCGGCCCGGAUUUGAUAUCAGCAUUCCAUUAUUCCAUAAACAGCAUCCGUUGCGUUCCGGCAACACGGGCUUUGCUGUCAGCAACAAUUUCCCAACAAACAAAAAGUACCUGUUGGCAUUUAAAGGAAAACGCUAUGUGCACGGAAUCGGCAGUGAGACACGAAACUCAUUGUUUCAUCUGCACAAUGCGCGCGAUUUAAUACUGGUAACAACGUGUCGUCAUGGAAAAAGUUGGCGAGAACUUCAGGAUGCCCGAUGCGACGAGGACAAUCGUGAAUAUGAUCGAUAUGACUAUGAAACCUUGCUAUUGAAUUCGACAUUUUGUUUGGUGCCCCGAGGACGACGCUUAGGUUCAUUCAGGUUCCUUGAGGCGCUUCAAGCCGGCUGUAUACCCAUAUUGCUAUCAAAUUCGUGGGCACUUCCAUUUGAAUCAAAAAUCGAUUGGAAAAUGGCUGCCAUUUGGGCUGAUGAACGACUUUUGUUACAAGUUCCAGAAAUAGUAAGAUCGAUAUCAGCGACGAAAAUCUUGGCGCUACGACAACAAACGCAAAUGUUGUGGGAACGUUACUUUGGAUCCAUCGAAAAAAUUGUAUUCACAACCUUCGAGAUUAUACGCGAACGCUUACCUGACUAUCCGCUCCGAAAUGGAUUAAUUUGGAACAACGCACCUGGAGCAUUACUAACAAUACCCACUUUUGCUGAUUCGUCAGUAAAAAUGCCAUUUUUAUUGGACAUUUUGAAUAAGGAACCAGGCCAUAAUUUUACAGCGGUGAUAUUUGUACAAAUUGGUGUUACAUUAACGCCAAGUUCGGCACUUUAUCGUCUAGUCAAAACAAUAACACGAAGUCAAUAUGUAGCUAGAAUUAUAAUUUUAUGGGCAUCAGAUCGACCGAUACCGUCGAAAAAGCGAUGGCCCAACACCGGUGCAAUUCCGAUGCAUAUUAUCUCAUCGAUUGGUAACGAUGAACGACCGACAAUUUCGCAUCGUUUCUAUCCGCAUAAAUUUAUCGAUACGGAUGCAAUCUUGUCAUUAGACGAAGAUGCCAUACUAAAUACCGACGAACUAGAUUUUGCCUAUCGUGUGUGGCGUGACUUUCCCGAUCGCAUCGUUGGCUAUCCAGCUCGGGCACACUUCUGGGAUGAUUCCAAGAAUGCUUGGGGUUACACAUCGAAGUGGACGAAUUACUAUUCAAUUGUAUUAACGGGUGCUGCAUUCUAUCAUCAAUACUACAACUAUGUGUACACGAACUGGUUACCGUUGCUGCUGCUGAAAACCGUGCAACAAUCAUCCAAUUGCGAAGACAUUCUCAUGAACUUUUUGAUAUCGCAUGUUACACGAAAAGCACCCAUUAAAGUCACUCAACGCAAAGGCUACAAAGACCGUGAAAGCGGAAGGAGUCCAUGGAAUGAUCCUGAUCAUUUUAUACAACGACAAAGUUGCUUAAAUACAUUCGCUGCAGUUUUUGGCUAUAUGCCGUUGCUGCGCUCAAAUCUCCGUCUAGAUCCUGUUUUAUAUCGUGAUUCUGUGUCUAAUCUAAGGAAAAAAUAUCGCCAAAUCGAACUUGUUGGUAGCUAGCGAACUGAUUAUUUCUACUAAAAAAAAAAACAAAAACACAACAAAAAAUUGCUAUAUAUUAUUAUUAUUAUUAUUUUUUUUUUUUUCUAAGUUAAGUUAGACAUUUUUUAAAAACCUAAUUGUAAAACUUGAAUUGUAAACGCGUCUAGUUGUUUCUCAAUAUUGAAAUUUGUAUAUUUUGGAAUCGGAAGGAAAAUGUGCGCAAACAAACGCCGAGAGCGCGCGUCAAAAUAAUGUGUGCUUGUGAAAUGAUUAAGCCAUUGAAUUAGAUAAAUAGUCACGCAUGCAAUUGUAUAGAGAUUUAUGACUGGAUGGCGCACGGCAUUUGAAAUUGCGACAGAAGAGAAAAAAAGAGAAAAAACCGAAUGAAAAAAAAAAAUACAUAGAUCAAUUGAUAAAAUGUUUGUAAAAUAAGAUGAAUGAGAAAGAUGGCCCUGAAAUUUGAUUUAGGCAUUAGUUUAGGCGCUUAGUUAUUCAGGAGCUAUAUGGUUAAUCAAUAAUCGGAGAGUUGCAAGAAAUGAAUUUAAGCAAAAUGAGCACUGAUUUAUGGCGUAAAUGAGUGAAGAAAAAGAAAUAAGCAAAUGUCAGUGUUCGAUGGUAAACGACCACAUUGCCUAUAUGAUGAAGUAUCGAACAUUCCGUUCGAAUCAAAUAACAGCAAACGUGCAGUCAAAAAUGUCCUAUUUACCUUGACCUAUCACAAGUUCUCAGCACUGACAUUGAUACUAAAUUGUAAUAAAACAUAUCAUAGCUACUUGUGAACAAAAAGAAAAGUAUCUUUGAAUUCCUAUCACAUCUAACCAAACAAUGAAAUUCAUAGGCAAAACAAAAAAAAAAAACAAAAUAGCUCAGCGACGCACGUCACCAGUUGAUCGGCUGGUACACAGCAUAUUUCACCAUUUGCUAACUGGUAAGCCGUACUCACACUAUACUCGCAUCAACGAAUCUAUGACUGAAGUCGCAACUGAUGAAAUGUGCUGUGUACCAGCUAAAAUUCUGGUAACGCGCAUCGCUGAGAGAAACGACCAAAAUGCAACAUUUUGAACAUUAGUAACUAAAUAAUGAAUCGCGCAUACAAUAACAAAUUCGUUUUCAAUUGCUUCCAAUGUGAUUCAAAUAUAUGUGUGUGAGAUGGCAAAAAGAAUUCGUUUUGUUUCAACGAAAAAAAAAAAAUAAAAAUAACCAUAAAAAAGAAGAUAUAAUUUUGUGACCAGACCAUAUCAUUGCCGUAUUUUUGAACUGAUCUGAAAUAUUCAAUUGUCCAGUAAAUUUAGAAUUGAUUUUCAUUCGUAUCCCAUUUUGAAUCGAUUGACUCGACCAACAUGGAUUAUCUCUAUCAAAUGACAUUUCUUUGUUUCGAAAUUGGCACAUAUCACUUUCUCCUCAUUCUUUUUUUUUAUACAAAAUAAAAAGCAAUCGAAACAUGUAGGUUCAAGAGGAAAUAAAUAAAAGAGAAGAAAACGAAUAUUGAACACUAAGAACUCUCCCACAUUGAAAACUUUGGAACAACUUUUAAAUCCUAGUGAAACACUCCAUAUACAUAUGUAUAAGCAAUCUGUUUAUGACACAACAAUUUUAGAAGAAGAAAAAAAAAAGAAAAUGCAUGCACUCGAUGUGUUUAUCGUUGUCUAACCAUAUUUGCACCUAUCGAUACACAUACCAAACCAAACGAAGCAAAAAAAAAAUCACAUUUCUCCGAAAGAAAAGGCGAACAAUGAAAAAAAAAAGUGCGAAUUGAAAAAAUCUUGCAUGUGUGUUUCUUGUGUAAAACGUAGGAAAAUCAGGAUAUUGGAACAUCCCAACAUCUAUAUCUAAAACUUAUCAAUAUUUUAUCACCAGAACUGCUUUCAAUGCACACAAACACCACAUUUUUGCUUAGCCAUUAAAUCAUACUAUUAAAUACUAAAUAUACCCAUUGGCUGUUGACCUCAAUAUACCAUUGGCAAAUGACGAAUAAUGUGUGCAAUUUGCCGAGAUAAUGAGAUAAUUUGCUCUUUUUGAUCGUGAAUGAGAGCUCUUUCUGAUAAGAGCACAUUUAAGGCAAAAUUGCUCCGUGAAAUCCGAGCCAUUAUCGAUCCUCUUUUUUUCACACCGAAAUUUUCAGCGAAGCAUUUUGUUUGUGGCGUCAAUUUGAACACUUAUUCGAUCAUCUGAAUGUUUUUCGACUUUGACAAUACAGUCAGACAAAUCAGUAAUCGAUAUAAUCCUGGCGAUACAGAAAAAAAACAUCGCAAAAACAAUCGAAGAUUUCUCGAAAUAAAAAAGAUGUUGUCUGCGAUUUUGAGUUACUUCCGUUAGCCUCCAUCCAAUACAGUACACGUUCAGAUGUAGUCAACAACAAAGAAAAAAACAGUCUGAAAGUUGAAUUAAAAUAGCAACAACAACAAAAUAGAAUAAUUAAUAUGAACUGCCAAUUAAAGCGAUUUCGAAGCAUUCGAUGAAAUCAAAUCGAAUAUAACAUUCGAUUGCAUAUUGUUUUACCCACACAAACGUUCACACCAUUCACCGUUAUACACAUGCCUCAAAUACGUCCAAAAUAAUGAAAGAAAAAGAAUUUGCCAUUUUUAUGUUAUACAUCGAACUGGAAUAUCCAUUUAUCGCCUUAAUUUCAUUCGAAAUCGAAGCACGCGUACCGUUUUGAUUCUCGCAGCUAAGUGGAUUCAGCAGAAACAACAACAACAAAAAUCCAUUCAAAAUUUUCGCAGCUAUAUAAAUCUUCCAUCCCAGGGGAGUGAGAGCGAAAAACACUUGACAAGGCAAAAUCAAAAGAAAUAAAUACAAAAAACAACAAGAACAAAAGAAAAAAUUUAAUAAAUAUGUAAAUAGUAAUCAGCAUUUCAUAGAAUCUCUUCACUCUCUCUCUCUCUCUCACAGUCGAUGAGCCAAAUCAUAAUUGCAAAUGCAAAAUUUUGAAAUACAGAAAAAGAAUUAAGCAUAAAAUAUGUGUAUUGAUGCAACAAAAGCAAGAGCGAGAGCAACAACAACAACUAAAUCAGGCUCAUUCAAUUGAAUCACUCCACUCUCACAGUGGCUCAAGAGCUAUACCGAGAAGAGUCCAUUAUUAUCUGUUGUUAUCCGGGGAUUUUCAUUCGGAGUUUCGUAGAAAUGAUGACGAUGCUGAAGUAUUUGCGUUGUCUGUUUCAUCAUUUAAAUUGAAGCCAAUCAGCCAUACGCGAGAACUGCUAUAUAUAUAUAUAUAUAUAUAUAUAGAAUUAGUAUAUAUAGAUAACAUUCACUUGUGGCAAAUGCAAUGUUUCGCAUAAUUUAUUAGUUAAUUGAAGCAACAAAUACAAAUAAACAAACAAACCGAAGAGAGAAAAAAAAAUUGAUUGAAUAUACUGUAGAAUGGCCUUAUAAAUCAACUAUAAUUGUUUCCAUUGUGAGAUUUAUCUGUGUCAUAUAUCAAAAUAUGUUGAUAAAAUUGGAUCGUAUAGAGUAUAUCGUUCACAUGAUUAUGUUGACGAUAGGAAUAUAGAAAAAUAAAUGAUAAAAGAAAAACGACUAAUACAAAACGACUUGGAACGCAAUGCAUAAUAUGAUCCGCGAUUUAUUUUCGCACUAAAACCGACUUAAUACACAUUGCUGUGUUCAAACCAAUGCUGUUGAAAGGUGGUUUUGCUUUUAGUUGCAAAUCACAUAGAAUUUCCUUUUUGUCGCGAAAAAUUGUAUACGAUUUUUUUCUGUCGUUCAUUUUUGUUCUUGUUUCAUUUGCCGAAAAAUAACAACUUUGAGUUCAUGAAUUCGUACUGAGUGAGUGAAAAAAAAAUGCAAACUAGCGUAAAAAAAUCCUAUGUUAAGGUGGGUUUAGGAUAACAUUUUUCGUAUUAUGGAGAAAAACACCAGUUCUCUUCUAUUUUUUUUGUAAAUAAACACACGACAAAUGGGGGAAUAAUGACAAUUUUCACGUUGAAUGAAAAUUAUCUCCAGCAGUUGAGCACAAAACCACGAACACAAAAUGGGAACUAUGAUGACAUUCUCUCUCAUUUAGUUCACACAAAAAAAUUAAACAUACACACAUACACUUACUUAUACACUUACACAUCGACGACAUUACACGAGACAGCUACAACAACAACCACAAAAAAAAUACUCUCCUACUUGACAACAAACUUGGAUCACUUUUUAUUUUUACAAUUUAUACUAAAUACUUGUACUUUGUACUGGUGACGCGAAUAUUACAAUAUUUCUAUGGAUGAGAUUAUGGGAGUGCAGCUAAAAGAGAAACGUAAGAGAAACAACAAUAUUACACCAAAAACAAGCAAUUAAUUAUAGAGAUUAUUUUAAGCGAAUCUUUUCUAUGGCAUUUUCUAAGGCAAGACAAACACAAAACAUUCAAUAUUCCAAGAUUUUGACACAUGCAUUUCAUUUUAUAUACCAAGCGCAAUUUGGGCGCAAUUUGGGCGCAAAGUUGGGCCAGCGCGGAUUGUACGCACAACAUUUGGCGAUCAAACUAACACCUUUUUUUCCUUCUGAUCCCGUUUUUUAUUUCUCUUUCGAUUGGUUUUUCAUCACGAAAUUCGUUUAAUCAAAUUGAUGAUAAUCUCAAUCUUCAACUCACGGAUCUUUCAGAUUUAUUUUUUCCAAUAUAAAUCUACCACGCGAUCGCUUGUCAAAACAUCGUUCCGUUCACACAGCACACAUUCUUACAGCAUCAGUAUUACACACAAUCACAACAAUAAAAAUUAAACACUUUAAGAAAAUACACACACAAACACACACAAAAAUGAUUACAACCAACAACCAAUUUGACUGUUACAAUUUAAAGAGAUGCUUUAUUUUUUUUUAUUUAUGCAAAAAUAUUUUCUUUUAUAAGUGAAUCGGUUGGGUUUUCGAUCAUUUCAUCACCCCACUUCAUUUCUUUGUCUACUCUAUUUUGAGUUGAAAGAAGAAACAAACUAAUUAGCUAAAGACUUUUGGAAUCGGAAUGUAAAUAUAGUUAAUUGUACCAAUAAAGUCUGUAUAAAUAGAAUGAUCAAUUGAAUAAAUCAAAUCAAUUAAAAAUGAGAA